AUGCCUUCCGCAACUGGCCAGGACUGGGAGAAGUACCAGAAGAAAUUUGCCGACGAUGAGGUAGAAGAGAAGAAGAUCACACCUCUGACCGAUGAGGAUAUCCAAGUCCUCAAGACCUACGGAGCUGCCCCGUACGGCGCCGCUCUCAAGAAGCUAGAGAAGCAGAUCAAGGAGAAGCAGCAAAGCGUCGACGAGAAGAUUGGAGUCAAGGAAUCAGAUACUGGUCUUGCACCACCCCAUCUGUGGGAUGUCGCCGCCGACCGACAGCGCAUGUCUGAAGAGCAACCAUUUCAAGUAGCACGCUGCACGAAGAUCAUUGCCGAUGAGAAGGGCGACGAGUCCAAGAGCAAAUAUGUUAUCAACGUCAAGCAGAUCGCCAAGUUUGUCGUCCAGCUCGGUGAUCGAGUGAGUCCGACAGAUAUCGAAGAAGGCAUGCGGGUUGGUGUCGACCGCAACAAGUACCAGAUUAUGCUUCCGCUGCCACCAAAGAUCGAUGCCAGCGUCACAAUGAUGACGGUAGAAGAGAAGCCUGAUGUAACGUACGGCGAUGUCGGUGGCUGUAAAGAGCAGGUUGAGAAGCUACGAGAGGUCGUCGAGAUGCCCCUGCUCUCGCCAGAGAGGUUCGUCAACCUUGGUAUCGACCCACCCAAGGGUGCCCUGCUCUACGGGCCCCCAGGAACCGGAAAGACCUUGUGUGCCCGAGCUGUGGCCAACCGAACAGAUGCCACUUUCAUCAGAGUCAUUGGCAGUGAGCUGGUACAGAAAUACGUCGGUGAGGGAGCAAGAAUGGUGCGAGAGCUUUUCGAGAUGGCCAGGACGAAGAAAGCCUGCAUCAUCUUCUUCGACGAAAUCGACGCUGUUGGUGGUGCACGUUUCGACGACGGCGCUGGUGGAGACAACGAAGUGCAGCGAACUAUGCUGGAGCUCAUCACCCAGCUUGACGGUUUCGACGCCAGAGGAAACAUCAAGGUCAUGUUCGCCACCAACAGACCCUCAACCCUCGACCCAGCCCUGAUGAGACCUGGUCGUAUCGACCGAAAGAUCGAGUUCUCAUUGCCCGACCUCGACGGCCGUGCCAACAUUCUUCGCAUCCACGCCAAGAGCAUGUCCGUCGAGCGAGACAUCCGUUGGGAACUCAUUUCUCGUCUCUGCCCCAAUGCCACCGGUGCCGAACUUCGCAGUGUGUGCACCGAGGCCGGCAUGUUUGCCAUCCGAGCCAGGAGAAAGGUCGCCACUGAGAAGGACUUCCUCAGUGCCGUAGACAAGGUCAUCAAGGGCAACCUGAAGUUCAACUCAACGGCCACUUACAUGCAGUACAAUUAG